AUGGCGGGCGGGGCGGGGCGCGGCGCCGCGGGGGCUGACGGGACGGGCGUUCAAAUGGCGGGCGGGAGGCCGGCGGGCUCCAAUAUGGAGAUGGACGGCGCGACGCGGACGCUGCCCAGCAGCGGGCGGCCGUCAGGAGCCGUCCGGCUGUCCCGGGGGCUGCUGUUCGGACGGAACUAUGGGCUGAGCCCCGGCAGCCGCCUGCUGCCGCCGCGCUGCCAGGAGAACGCGGACCCGCAGAAGAUGGCGUUCCUCCUGCGCAAGCAGUGGACCCUGUACAGCGUGAGCCCUCUGUACAAGUUCUCCAGCGCCGACCUGAAGGACUACGCCCGUGCGUUGGGUGUUUUCAUCGCCGCCGAGAAGCAGAAGGGGCUGGCGGUGGACGUGGACGCCGAGCUGGGCGUCAGGGUGACCAUGUCCGGCCUGCCCGAGCUGAGGGGCAGCGAGCAGGACCCCGGUGCCGUCCACGUGCAGCUUUCCUUGAGAUCAUCCCCAAAAAACUCAGAAGAGAAGCUGAUAUGGUCAGGAUGGUUCUGCUGUGUGGCUGGUGAUGAUCUUUUAGAGAAUUUGCCAGAGGAUUUUACUUGUUUACCUUUGUUCCUUGUUAAUGGGGCAGAGAGUUACACAGCCAUUGUUGGAAGUUGGUUUCAGAAGACUUUUGACUGCUGCUUCCGUCGUUUAGCCAUCAGCCCUCUCAAUCUCACUUGGAUGGCAGCUAUGUGGACUGGAUGCAAAAUGGACAAAAACACAGCUGCCAUGGAACUCCUUUUCUCUGUUCCUCAUCUGCCUCAGCCUCUGGAUAUUUCAUACGCCAUUCACCCUGAGGAUGUAAAAGCUCUGUGGGACACAGUCCAAAAAACUCCAGGAGAGAUCACUCAGGAAGAGGUGGAUGUCUUUAUGGAAUGCCUUUAUUCCCACUUCCACAGACACUUUAAAAUCCACUUGUCAGCUACAAAACUGGUGAAAGUUUCCACGGGAAUUGCCUCAGCACACUGUGAUGGGAUCAUAAAAUUUCUACAAAGCCAAUACCUGAUCGGAGUGCUGAUGCUACUGACAGAACUAGCAAUCUCUCAGAUACAGUGAGACUCAACUCAGCAAAUCUGCAUGCCUAGAGAGGCUUACCGAUGGAAGCUGAUAAGCCUAUUGAAAACUCAUUCUUGCAGCACUUUUUUCUUCUGAUCUGCAACUUCUGUGUGUAACUACUGCAUUUAAAUCCAUAGCUACCAUUCAAUAUGCAGAAAAGACAUUUAACCUACAGUAGCUUGUAAGCAUCUGUGUUAUAGUCACUCUAUUCAUUUGUGUAUAUAUAUAUCUGCUGGGGGCUAGGAGACAAAACUGCAACUUCUUGGAUGUGACUUACUGACAGGUUUUUUCCAUUAUUGCUGGUGUUAGUGCCAGCUAUACAGGCCUUUGUUAUACUGUGGUACUCUUGGGCUGAAGUCCAAAUGUCAACCACACCACUGUCAACAAUGCCUGAGAAAUGGAUACACGUUUUAAGUUUCUAACUUCAUUUUUAGCUGAUUAAGGCUGGCUGGUAAUGGUCAUAAAAUAUUCAUCUCCUCCCUAGCUGGGCUAAGGUGAAAAGCAUGACAGUUCCCUCAUUUCCAGCUCUGAUCCUCACGAAGUUAAUGCAUGAGAAAUUGAAAUCAGCAUGAACUGGAGAUUUACUGUGCUUUGCCUGAUGGUUUAUUGUCUUGGAUGUAAUAUUGUAUGCCAGAGUUCUGAGCUGGAGUUCUUGGUGCUAGAACAUUAUAUUUGAUCUCCUUCUAUAGCAGUUAACAGCACAGAGCUACUGCACAGGGGCUGUCUAUAAAUCACGUGAGCCAAAAGGCAGUAGAAGUGCUA